GUCACUUCCGCCGUGUACAUCUGGCGUCCGCUCGCGGUGGGAUGGCGGCUCUGCGGAGUUGGCUGUCGCGGAGCGUAGCCUCCGUUUUCAGGUACAGACAGCGUGUUCCAGUCGUGGCUAACGUUAAGAAGCGCUGUUUCUCAGAAUUGAUAAAACCAUGGCACAAAACUGUGGCAGUUGGAUUUGGGGUAACCCUGUGUGCAGUUCCUAUUGCACAGAAAUCAGAGCCUCACUCUCUUAGUAACGAUGCAUUAAUGAGGAGGGCUGUGUCUUUGGUAACAGAUAGCACCUCUACCUUUCUCUCUCAGACCACAUACGCACUGAUUGAAGCUAUCACUGAAUAUACUAAGGCUGUUUAUACCUUAAUUUCUCUGUACCGACAAUAUACAAGUUUACUUGGGAAAAUGAAUUCACAGGAGGAAGAUGAAGUGUGGCAGGUGAUCAUAGGCGCUAGAGUUGAGAUGACGUCAAAACAACAAGAAUACUUGAAGCUGGAAACCACCUGGAUGACUGCAGUUAGUCUUUCAGAGAUGGCAGCAGAAGCUGCUUACCAGACUGGAGCGGACCAGGCCUCGGUAACCGCCAGGAGCCAUAUCCAGCUGGUGAAAUCGCAGGUUCAGGAGGUGCGCCAGCUCUCCCAGAAAGCGGAAACCAAGUUGGCAGAAGCACAGACAGAAGAACUCCGACAGAAAACACAGGAGGAAGGGAGUGAGAGGGCUGAGCUGGAGCAGGAGGCCUACCUGCGUGAGGACUGAGGGCCUGAGCUGUCGCCCACGGCUGCCUGCUCAGCCCGGGGAAGGCGGGGCAGACACCAGCUGGCCCGUGGUCGGCACAUCUUCCUCUGCAAGGAGAGGCAGUGACAGGUCCUGCCCCUGCCCAGAGGUCACUGCGAGGGCCUGACCCCUACCCCAGGGUCUCAGGCUUGUCCUGGACCUGGCUCUCAGCUCAUGGGCACUGUACCCUGUUUACCACUGCACCCACCCAGCACAGGGGCCCUCUCACCACCUAUCUUUACCUCCCACCCAGGGCAUCUCACCAGCCUGGCCAGAGAGAGGGGGUCUUCCCUGUCAUGUCCACAAGUUCGUAGCCGUUUAACCUGUUUCCCACCUUAUUCACGUUUCAAAUAUGAUUUAGUAUUUGCUCCCUCCAUAGGAAUGUGAGUUUUUCAGGGAAAGGGGAGCCUGUGCUGUUUAAGUGUUUCUAAUGCCUUCUCUGACCUGGCCCCGCUGCCCUGUAAGGAUGGCUCAGGCCCAGGAACUGGAUGCGGAGUGUUUACCUGGUGCUCUCAGCAGGACUUAUUCCAACACAUGCUUCUCAUUUCUUUCGAGUUUCUCUAUUGUAUCUGAAGGAGAAUAAUUUUUUUUUGCAAUUUAAAAAAGAAAGUGUGUGUAUCUUCUGGA